ACCUGUUGGUGCGAUAAACUCGUCCGAUCCACACCAGAAAUCAGAAGGCAAGCGAGGUUGGGUUAAGCUUUAGCCCUAAAUCCGUGAUCACCUUCUUGAGGAAUCAAGACCAAAACUCUGUUCCUCUCAUAGCUUCACCUCCCUCGCCCAAUCUGCAUGACACCAUGGCCUCGGCGGCUGAAGCUACAGUGGCGCAGGAUAUUGCAUCAAUUUCCAGCAGCGAUGGCCAACAGCGGGCUGUGAUCUCCGAUACGCUGUUGCCCCCCAAACAAGGUCUUGAGAUCUACAUUGGAACUAGUUUUGCAGUAAUGGCAGCUUAUGUAUUGUUGCUUAUGAUCAGUACAAGGUACAUCAAAAUAGCUGUGAUCCCGGCUAUCAUACUUGUUUUCAUUGGUGCCUUGUGGGGCAAAUUCUGUGUCAAGGGAAGGUUGCGGCAUAGCACCAAUGAAAUAGCUAACUUGGGCAGUGGCAGCGAGAAACCUCAGGGUCUGCUACUAAUGGUACUACUAUCGUACUGUCUGCAGCUAAUGCAGCUCGCCUUGGCACGUCUUGCUGAUCUGACUAAUGGACAACAAAAGGGCAAUUUUGUUGUCUCUCACUUUCUCCUCUUCUUCAGUUCUGCGCUUGGCGCUCUGGCAUUGAUGAUGGCCACACUGCCGAUCAGAUGCAGCCCAGGUGUAGCGCAGGCGCAGCAAGCGCUUCACAGGACCUUCACUGUGGUUCUUAUGAUAUCGGUGCACACCGUGGCUACAGAAUGGACAGGCGAAGACAUGGUACUGAUUUGCAUGCCGGAGCUUAUUGCGGCGCUUGUGUGGUUCACUGCUAAUUUUGAUCACGGCGGAUGUACCGUGUCCGUCAACAUGACAACAUCAGUUAAAUCAAGUGUCAUCGCUCUCGGUGGUGCUGUGACUCUGGUAGCAUACCAUAGUUCCAAGUUUUUGAACGAGAGUGAGAUACCUGCUGAGUACUGGUACACAAGGAUCUUGCGCUGCGGUACCUUAUCGGGGGUUCUAUCCUACUUUAGCGUGUGGAUGAUCCAUCAGUGGCCGGGCAGCACUGCUAGCGCGAAGAUGCCCGUUCAGCUCCUCGAUUUCUCUGCACUUUUUUGCUUCAGCACAUCAGCUAUUCUGAUUGCUAACCUGUGCACUGAACCAGGCUACAUGGAGUCUCUGUCUGCAUAUAUGACGAUGCUAGGUCAAUGGGUUAAUCCCGAACCAGGAAAUAUUUCAGAUCGUGAAGCAAUUAUAUGUUCAGCGCUAUGUAUCAUGUUCCUAUGCAUGCUCACCUUUUAUGCCUCCGGGACUGGUACAUUUUAUGAACGCAAUAUGAGCAGCAAAUUUCGAGACAGUUGGAGCAGACUCAGAGUCAUAGUUCUGGUUUUUUGUGCCCUGGUGCUGACAAGUACGUUAACGUCAUAUAUAACGUACACGUUGACAAGACAAGACCAAGAAUAAUUUGAGCUCAUAUCAGCAUGCCAAUGACUCCAUGGCGUUGAAGCAGCUUGAGCUGGUCUCGGCUGGUGGUGUGUGAGAGCAGCUCUGUUUCCAUUGUCAGUAGAACUUUCAAGUCUCUGUGCUGGUUUAGCCAUUGGAUCAGCUGUUGUUGUUGCUACAGCUUAGAGUGGCCAGGUUCCCUGCUUUUGUGCCGCCUCUGCUGCGGGUGGAGACGCUGUAGAAUGAGAUGCAUUUUGUUUGCGUUGCUGCGACUUGCCUUCUCCUGUUCCAUCGCCGUGGCGUCAAUCGUCUACCUGAACCCUCCUUGAUAAACCCCUAAAAAUGCUUCCUGGAUAGGCAGGCUACGGCGCAUGAGCAGUGGCGAAAGCAGGAUUAGUCAAAUUAGGAUGUUGAAGGGGGCGGUCAGAGAAAAAAUAAUGAAAUCAGCGCUGUUCAUGUAAAUAGAUGAAUGUAAACCUGUAAAAUAGAUGAAGAGAAGCGUAUAUCAGAAGGAUCCACCCUGUAAAUACAUGAAUGCAAAC